AUGUUGUCGGUGAGGAGUAAUGUUGCCUUAAGGCUUGGAGCGCUUAAAAGGCAUUUUUCGAAAAGUUGUGUGAGAUUACAGACGGUUGGCGAUGUGCAGGGUGAUGCCAAUCCGAUGAAGGGCUCUAAGUAUCAUGUGGUGGACCAUGAGUAUGACUGUGUGGUGGUGGGGGCCGGUGGUGCUGGUCUUAGAGCUGCUUUUGGUCUUGCCGAGGCAGGCUACAAGACUGCGUGUAUCUCGAAAUUGUUUCCUACCAGAUCUCACACGGUGGCUGCACAGGGUGGUAUCAACGCGGCUCUCGGGAAUAUGCAUAAGGACGACUGGCAGUGGCACAUGUACGAUACAGUCAAAGGGUCAGAUUGGCUGGGAGACCAGGAUUCGAUCCAUUACAUGACGAGAGAGGCUCCCAAGUCUAUUAUUGAGCUGGAGCAUUUUGGUGUGCCUUUCUCGCGUACUGAGUCCGGCAGGAUUUACCAGAGAGCAUUCGGUGGACAGUCCAAGGAAUACGGUAAGGGAGGACAGGCGUACAGGACGUGUGCCGUGGCAGAUAGAACUGGUCAUGCGCUUUUGCACACGCUGUAUGGUCAGGCAUUGAGGCAUAACACGCAUUUUUUCAUCGAAUAUUUCGCGAUGGACCUGUUGACGCACAACGGCGAGGUGGUCGGUGUGAUCGCUUACAACCAGGAGGACGGUACGAUCCACCGUUUCAGGGCCCACAAGACCAUUAUGGCCACCGGUGGCUACGGGAGAACGUACUUUUCGUGCACUUCUGCCCACACCUGUACCGGUGACGGUAAUGCGAUGGUGUCACGUGCGGGCUUCCCAUUGCAGGAUCUUGAGUUUGUGCAGUUCCAUCCUUCUGGUAUCUACGGUUCUGGCUGUCUGAUCACCGAGGGCGCCCGUGGUGAGGGUGGCUUCCUGGUGAACAGCGAAGGUGAGCGGUUCAUGGAGCGCUAUGCCCCUACGGCCAAGGACCUGGCGUGUAGAGAUGUCGUGUCACGUGCCAUGACUCUAGAGAUCAAGGAAGGCAGAGGUGUCGGCAAGGAUAAGGACCAUAUCUACUUGCAAUUGUCGCAUCUGCCAGCUUCAGUGCUCAAGGAGAGGCUACCGGGCAUCUCUGAGACGGCAGCUAUUUUUGCCGGUGUCGAUGUUACAAAACAGCCAAUUCCAGUGUUGCCCACCGUUCAUUACAACAUGGGUGGUAUCCCAACGAAAUGGAAUGGUGAAGCUUUGACCAUUGACGAGAACAGCGGUGAGGAGAAAGUAAUCCCAGGGUUGUUGGCCUGUGGUGAAGCCGCAUGUGUUUCUGUGCACGGUGCAAACAGACUGGGAGCUAAUUCGCUACUAGAUUUGGUUGUCUUUGGCCGUGCUGUUGCUCACACGAUCUCAGAUAGCUUACAACCGGGUCUACCUCACAAGCCCUUGCCUUCCGACUUGGGCAAGGAAUCAAUUGCCAAUUUAGAAAAAUUGAGAACCGCAGACGGUUCUAGGCCAACCUCUGAGAUCAGACUACACAUGCAAAAGACCAUGCAAGCAGAUGUCUCUGUGUUUAGAACUCAGGAAACUUUGGACGCCGGUGUCAGAAACAUCACUGAAGUGGACAAUACUUUCAAGGACGUCCAUGUCUCUGAUAGAUCCAUGAUCUGGAACUCCGAUCUUGUAGAGACCUUGGAGCUACAGAACUUAUUGACAAAUGCAACACAGACGGCAGCUUCUGCAGCUGCAAGAAAGGAAUCUCGUGGUGCUCACGCAAGAGAAGAUUACCCAGAGAGAGACGACGAAAACUGGUUGAAGCACACUUUGUCGUGGCAAAAGAACACGGCUGAUCCUGUCCGUCUAGGAUACAGAGGUGUUGUGCAAACAACCUUGGACGAAAACGAAUGUAAACCAGUACCACCGGCAGUAAGAGCUUAUUAA